AUGCCUAUGAAUAUGCCACAAGGUCUCACGCCUGCUUCUGCAUCCAUGGCGAUCCCGACGGCGCAUUCCUCACGGCCGACGCUGGGGUUCCCCCUCGGCACGGCGCUCCUGCUCCUCGUCAUCUUCUCCCUCAGCGGCAUCUUCUCCUGCUGCUACCACUGGGACAGGCUCCGCUCCCUCCUCUGGUCUCGACAUCCCGGUAUGCUCCAGGAAGGUCCGCACACCAUCAUCUCCAUCGGAUCAGCGCCGAGCAAGGCAGCUUCCGAACACAAGAGCAAGAAAGCUGGAAAAGAGUGCGGGUUGCCCGUGAUCAUGCCCGGGGAUGACAUCCCCAAGUUCUACGCGAGGCCCUGCCCGCACGAGGCGUGUUUACCUGCAGCAGGCCAGCAGCAGCAGCAGAGAAGGGCGAUGUCGAGGUGCAAGUCAGAUGUUCAGUUUCGUGACACCGUCAGUAUCUGUAUACGAAAUCGUAGUUAG